AUGGUUUGUGCCACUUCGUAGCUCACAUCCCCCUUUUAGUUGGAUUUCCUGGCCAAACAGUCUCCUGAGCGUAGUAAUUUAAUUUAUUUAAAUAACAUUUGUACAGUCGAUGAGCCCCCUGCCAAAAUAAUGCGUGAGGGUCCAAAUGUAGAACUUCGAUUUUUGAUCUCCAGCAAGGUUUGUUGCACUUUCCUCGUGGACUUUCCCUUAGACUGCAGGACUGAUUAUAGGCAAGCGCGGCGAAAGCAUUAAGAAGCUGCGGGAGGAGGUGAGACCGUCCGUCCGUUUUAUUUUUCAUCUGGAACAGUUUGGUGUUAAGCCCUCAACUAACUAGGAAUUCUAUAUUUUUUAUUUCAUAUAACCUCCCAUCCUUCCCGCCACUGGCCCGUCCGACCCUGAAUAAUGUCCGUCCCAAUACGUCCGACCCCGACUAAUGUCCGUCCCGAUACGUCCGAUCCCUGUCUCCCGCCCUGCCCCAUACCGCUUCUCCCCGCCCGCUCAUUUUACCCGCAUUGUGGCCACGUUGAACAUACGAUGGACUGAUUUAUUUUCAAAUGGGUGGCCCCCUGCAGUAUUCUGUUACAAUUAAUAUUCCAGAUAGCAAUGGACCGGAAAGGUACGAUUUUAGCUCCCCAAGCUGAACAUUUUGGCGCCUCCUGUGGGAUGUAACACUUUGUUUUCGGUUUUUAGAAUCCUGAUUCUAGAGGGCGAUGUUAACUCAGUCAUCGAAAUAAUGCACAACACCUUAAAUAGGGUAAGCUUUAAUCUUUUAUCGAUACACGUUUAGCAGGUACAAAACAUCCAGGAGGAUUGUGUUGACGUCCGCUUGCUUGUUCAUCAAAGCCAGGCAGGCUGCAUCAUCGGCAAGGGCGGCACAAAAAUAAAAGAAUUGCGCGAGGUAUUCACGUCAGCCUAACUUUAACCAAAAUAGCAAUCAGUUCUGAAAACGCUUAAAGUUUACCAAAUGCUCUGUCCGAGCUCAACGGAUAGGGUCGUCCAACUUGUUGGCAGUGUUUCACACGUCGUCAGUUGCCUGCAGGCCAUCACUGAACUGCUUGAGGUAAACUUUGCAUUUUUAGAAGUUACGUAUUCAGGGCGCGCCACCGAAAGGACCCCGUCAAAAUUACGAUGCCAGGAGUUAUGACGAAGACCUGGCACAUGACUACGGAGGCUGGUGUAUGAUGGGCAUGGGAACUUCCAGCGGAGGGUUCAUAAAUCGUCGUAACAACCUCUCUUCAAAUCACUACCCACAGGUAAAGCAAGAGAGGUCGGUGCUUUCUGCACCUCUACACAAGUCUUUUUCCAGAUAUACUUGUCACUGGGUUCGGCCGGUCACACGACCUGAUGCAUAAAUCACACGGAUAAUUUGCAUUACCUGAAAUGUACCAACCGGCACCUAGUUUGGUACCCAUUUUUAUAUGCAACGGCAACUCAUGAAGCUCGAUGUUCAUGGCUUCAUGUUGCAGGUUCACCGCCUUGCAAGUUUCUGCACUCUACUGCAGCCGAUCCACGGCAGGUUCGCGAUCUAAGUUGAGCGAGCUAGCACACUAACUGCACAGACCGAAAACUGUGGGACGAGAUAGGCUGAAGGUCAACCGGCCAGCCUCCAUGACAUUUGCCCAAGUCUUCAGUUACUUACGUCUACACCUUAGCCAGCGGGGACCGAGUUCUGGGGAGUAGAUAUGCUGGAAGGUUUAACAUCGGGUUCUCUAUAGCGCACGGCCGAACUAUCCCAAUUAGCGAGUAAGAAGAAUCAGGUUGACAACUAGCGUUCUGCACCGACUGUAACCUUCGUCAGACGCUGUUGAAAACCUGUACCGACUAAAAGUUCGCAGACGACGGUUGCCUUCUGAGCCUACGGGCCAGGCUUAACGUCCGUGUUGAAUAGUUGUCUUAUCGAAGAUUUCGUACAGUUGGGGCUGUCAUAUAACCGGGUUCAAGUUAGUUCCAGUUUUAAGAAGUUAGACCGAGACGUCGCUCGUUUGAUUAUUUGGUGGAAAGCCUCCAUCAGCCCACAGACCCUAUUGUCUGCCGUACCAGCGAUUCCCGGGACUAACUCCAAGGACCACAUCGGUUACUUUGCGUAUUUUUGGGGUACAGCUCGGUUUACUUGUGCGAAAGAGUUUUCUAGCACCACAGCGGCAUCAUCAUCGGAAUCUGCGGGACACUUGCCACGACCUACUGCAGCACUUGCGUUACCUGCCAGCAAGCGCUGAAGCAUUCUGUCCGACCAAGUUGGACAAUUCCCAAAAGUACGCAUACCGGAGGAACGCAGGGGGUGACAUCACAAUAAUGACUUUGGACAUCCGAAUAGACCUGUUAUCGAUCUCCUCAGUAGAUUUGAAUGGAUCGAAAUACCCUUAGCGGCGUGCCAUUAUUCAACUUAAUCCGCUUCAAGAAAUUUCCGUAGGCAGUCAGACUCAUGGGAGAAGUUCACGAACAGAGAGUGAGUUGUGGGUAGCAGUGCUAAUCAACACAUCCCGGCCCCGACCUGGCAGACAUCUGGCGUGAAGGAUUGGGGAGGACGUCCUUUAGAACUCAAACAGCAGCGUCAAACAAACGCAUUACGGCAGUCGCUGCGCAACUAUUUUACUGAAGGCGUAACUCCAUCCGAAGUUAGGGUUAGAGUUCCAGGUAAUCGGCCGUCUCGAGGCGUCAAACAUCGUGUGUAAGUUUUCGCCUGAAGGCAAUCCUUACCAGAUGCUUUAUUCUUUUCUACUUUCCGUAACACAUUAAGUCUUCACAGACCAGUCAUUUGGGAACCGGGACGUCCUUUAAUUGUAGUUUAACUGAUAGGAUUAAGUUUUCCUGGCCCGAAAGCGGACUCACUGAUCCACCUGCCAUACAGCCCACUGACAGUUCUGAAUACGUCAGUGACCGCUGUUGCUGUGGCACGAGUCCAAAUUCGUGAUACAGAAAAUUACACAAGAUGGUCCCUAGCGCGACCUUCCGAUGUUUAGAGCUUAGAGCGGUGGAUGCCGUUUCACCAUCCAUCUGCUGGCGCGCCUGGUAGUCUGCGCUUAGGCUACUGGAAGGGCCCUUAUCUCGGGUUUUUGCUUUUUGCGCCUAUCAUAUUCGAACUACGUUUCAGCCCUGUUAGAGUCGUGAAUUCAUGUCGGCGCCAAUUGUAAAAACGCGUGAUUUUUAUCAAGAUCUUCCUUAAACCAUCUUGCUGUGUUUUCGGAAUUUCGUAGUUAAGGGACAUUUUUCUGCCAUAUUUACUCGCUGUGAAUGCCCAGGAAAUGCUUUUUACCUCGGUACCUGUUUUCCCAUACCGAUAUAGGGCAUCAGAUAGCUAGAGGGUAGACCGAUCAAAACUCCCGAGAACUCUUUAUUUAGUAAUGUCCAAUUGGGCUACGCAGGUAAAACAAUAAUGACGUUUCUUAGUAACCCGUGGGCCUUGUUGACCUGCCGCCGCUGUACCAUUCGGUUGUCCGGUGUUCUUUUUCUAUCUCUUAGAUUUAUUAACACCUGCAAUUGUAAGUCGUUAUGACAGACUUCCUUGGUCGGUGAAAAUGUUUGAAAUUUCCGCAGGAUACUUUGCGAAUAGAGUGACACCAUAAACUGUUGUUGACUAGCUUCAUAGCCGUUAAUGAUUUCACUGUGAAAGGCCGGCUAGUCGUUAUCUUUCACGUAACCAUCCAGGAUUUCAUUAAUAUUUUUCGCCAUUAAAGUGUAUUUUGUCCGAUCCUUUCAAGGGGUUCUUUCGGCGAAGGGUCCAUAUCAAAUACCUACUCAGUCUAUACAAGCGGAAAUACGACUUCUAGGAACCAAUUAAGGAAACAGGCGAAUGAAGUCCUCGCGUCGGCUAUCGCGCCUCGCAUACUCGGUUCGACCAAUAGUCCUGACGAGUCCUGCUGACCGAGUUCUAAACUAAAUAUGGCUAUACAUGAUCUUGGUGUUGUGGACACUCAUUUCCGAUUAUUAACCGACACCUAAGGUUGCAUUACCCCUGCCUAAAUAAAUGGUUGGGGACGUUCUUAUUAAUUUCAGUGACUAGAGCCUCGGAUUCCAUAUGCAAAUGCGCCAUUAUGAUGCGGUAGAAAAAGUCCAAGACAGGUUUUAAAGGCAAAUUUUUCAUAAUGUUUCCUACUUUGCAGAUAUCCCGAACUUCAGGACUCUGACUCCAUCACUUUACUGAGCUAUUUUAAAUAAGUCAGAUCCAUGUAAGUCCCAGGGUUUGUCCAGACCCUGACGGGCUCUAUUUUUUCAUCGGUGCUGCGUGUUCGGUUAUAUUCUUUUUUAUGCCUCAUAGGGUUCAGUUCUGGCUGCUGGGCUGUUCAGCGGUGUGUCGGGGGCAGGCGCCAAUCCACGUACGGUAUCUCAAGCAGCAGCAGUUAGCCAAGCGCUUGCCAGUGGCUUGCCGCACGCGUCUGCUGCUGCUAUGUUGGCAGCUACAGGCGGCCAAAAUCCAGGUGCUCCGGCCUCCGGACCGGCGGGUGACGCUGCUGCUGCAGCCGCCAUGAUGGCUGCGGGCAUGAUGCGUGGGUAUGUCAUUUUGCUCCUUUUUCCCCCAUUGCCAGACAAGAACCCUUUCAUAGUUGUCCUUCAUGAUCGUCAACAUGACAAAUACCUAAGCACACGGCCCUGCACGCUGAUCCGCUAUCCAGCCUCUCAAUUGUUAAUGAGACAAAGGACAAUGACAGUGAUUUCACGUCUACAGUAGAUGACCAGUCUCGUGAGAUCGCAACCUAAAGUUCAAAAUCCGUUCUUGCUACGAAGGAUUAAGUGGCAUUCUAGUAUUGGUUAUCGUGCGGCAUAAUCUAAAGUUGCUUCAGUCGCGCCACAACGCCCGUUUUUGAUGUGCCUCUGUCCGACCGCUCGCAAAACGCACGUAAAAUAUCUGCAGGCCUAUUCUUUCUUGUACUCAUUGGGCACCAGACCACGUCCUAUUGACAUUGUAUGCUCAAAGAGAGGGCAUCUUUCAGUUUUCAGAAGUUUUUAAUUAUGGGAUUCUUUAAGACCGUGAAAUGUCCAUUCAAAUAUCACUGUCUGCGUCCGUAUAUCAAUGCUUCCUAUAAGGCAUACACCCCAUACUCCACCUUCAUAGCAAAAUUUCAUGAACACUGCGUAUUAUCUCCUUGAUGGCAUAGAGCAAUCCAUGAUGUUCUUUACAUAGGAAAUAUGCAGUAGCAGAUCGUGUUCAGCGUUAGUGAGGGAUUGAUAAAACUUCCUUAAAACCGAAAGAUACCCUUUCUUUGGGCGUAUAAUUUGAAGGCGUGAUAUACCACAAAACGAGCACAAGAAAGCCUGUUUUUUGCGUUUUCUGAAGAAUAUUUUGAAUUCUUAUGGGCGUCGAACAUGAACGAAAUCAGUACCUGAGGAAUCGUUUUCACCAUACGAUUUUUUGUAGGCGGUCGGAAGGCCGACGUCCUGGCGUGCUCGAAAUAGCUUGGGAUAAUGGUACAACGCUACUUAAGUAAUUCUCUCUGAUCGGAAAUGCGUUUUAGAGUUUUUGUCACGGCUUAAUGAAAUUGGUCACUGACUGUAGAUUCCAGAAGUUUUUAAAAUUAAAAAAGGCCAUCAUUUAAGAAGCAAUUUGCAGGGUGAGUUCAUAGCUUGCACGCCCUUACUAUUCGCUUUUUACCAUCUCUCGUGUCAUCCCCCACCAAGUGUCCUUGGUUUCAAAUUAGAUCAGGUGGUGCUUUUUGUGUGGUCGUGUUCGGUUCCAUAGGAGGCGGAAAUUUCAUUCACGUUUCACCACGCUGAACGGUGUGCACACGGUGUCAAGUUAGGAUCUGAAAAUUGAGCAGUUCAGCUUUGCUCUAGUCUUUUUUUUCAUAGAUUCCAUUUGUAUUUACUCAGUAUUCCAUGCAGCUCCUGCGUAUUCUGUGUAUCUAAAUUACCUAGAUAUAUGGGUCUGUAAAUUCACUCACUAAGUCCGACCAUUGAGAUUUCGACGUCCCAGAAGCUGUUAUUUCGCUAUGCUGUAUGUCAGCGUCAAAAUAUUCACUUCCCGAUUUUCCUGUAGGAUGUCCGGACGCGUCGGAAUGAAUAUAAUCGCGCCAACAACGACAACACAAGUCUCUGUUGGCAAUAAGAUGAUUGGCGCAAUCAUGGGCCGUGGUGGCAGCAGAAUUAACCAAGUGCGUAAAGAGUCUGGGGCGGAUAUAAAAAUAAGCCCUCAGGAACCAGGAGUUGAGGACCGGAUAAUAACAAUCACAGGAACACCUGAUCAAAUUCAAAGCGCCCAGUUUUAUUUGCAACUCUGGUAAGUUGUAGAACGUUUCUUCGCCAUCGUGACAUGUCUAGGUCAUUUAAUACUGCUAACAGUUGGCAUUAAAAGAUGAAACAGCCUACCUUUUGUGGACAGAAGACGACUGUAUAUUAAAAUGUAGUCCUGGACACGUUUUUAUGGUAGCGAUAAAUUCGCUUCUUCACAGUUUUCAUAGCGAUCCCGAUUAACCGCCUGUUCCCUUCGUAACCGAGUGUCUGAUACUACUCGGACCUGAGUUAGAGGGCUUCAAGCACGGCGCCAGUCCGUCUAUGCCUAGGUUCAUAAGUCUAUGCGAAAUGUUGAAACACUUAAUAAGUCACCCAGCACCUUGAAAAAUAACUUUCCAUGCAUCCACUAACCACAUGGACUCUUUUAUCUUACAGCGUCAAACGUUUCGGCGAACAAACCUAG